UCAAAAGCAUUUUUGUUUUUAUUUUAUUUCGUUCACAUUAUCUUUCGUCAACUACAAAAACAUUGACGGACACAACCGACCAUUCACAUCAACUUGAAAUUUCAAUUUCGAGUCUUAAAUGAAGCUCACGAACGAAGCUCCGGUCGACGAUACAAAUUCCCAAAAAGCAAGGCAGGAGCCAAAAUUCAAACCACACUCCCGUGACGCAGACGCGCUCUUCACGAUUCACCGCGCCGACCGGUGUGUCAAGUGUGCUCACAUUCUUGGUGGUCAACUGAUUUAAAAUGACGGGGAGGGGGAAAUUAUUUCUCAGUGAAUACAAAUUAGACUUUUUUUUUCCUGUUUACAUUUUAUUGCACUGGAUUAAACUCUGCAUGUGUAUCCAAAGAAGUGGCCAUUGAAAUUUUUUCGCCUGGGCCAAACACACACAAUAGGGGCGAAAACAAUCAAUAAGCACAUCAACAGUGAUGCUUCCAGUAGCUUACAUGGACUGCGGUGACCGCUGGCUCCCAUAGGCCCCACCGCCCUUCUUGCCUCCCUCCCUCGUGUGUAUCUAUAAAAAGGCGUGUCCACCCCCGCUCCCUCUCGCCGCCCCUCCCGGACACAAGUGUGACGGAGCCUCCACCCCUCGUCGCACGCCCAAGCCCAACCCAGACGCACUUCUGCUUCCCUUCAUGGAUGCUCCAGGACUCCAGCAUCCUCUGCGGAAUUGACACGCUGCUCUGAAAAGGCGGGACGCGAACACGCAACAGCUCCUCUUCACUGCCGUUGUCGCCGGGUGAAACGUCUGGGAGGCGUUGUCAUGGCAAACAGGGGCCCCAGUUACGGCCUGAGCCGAGAGGUCCAAGAAAAGAUCGAGCAGAAGUACGACCCGGACCUGGAGCAGCGGCUUGUUGACUGGAUCGUGGCCCAAUGUGGCGGCAGCGUGGAGAAACCGCCGCCGGGCAGAGAGGGCUUCCAGAAAUGGUUGAUGGAUGGGACGGUCCUGUGUCGACUCAUCAACAGCCUUUAUCCUAAAGGCAAGGAGCCUGUCAAGAAGAUUUCCGAGUCCCAAAUGGCCUUCAAGCAAAUGGAGAAAAUAUCUCAGUUCCUGCAGGCCGCUGAGGCCUACGGGGUCACCAAAACAGAUAUAUUCCAAACUGUAGACCUCUGGGAAGGGAAGGACAUGGCCGCGGUGCAAAGGACCUUGAUGGCAUUGGGCAGCGUGGCCGUAACCAAUGACGACGGCCUCUACAAAGGCGACCCAGACUGGUUCCACAGGAAAGCGCAGGGCUAUCGACGAGAGUUCACCGAGGAGCAGCUGCGCCAAGGCCGGAGUAUGAUCAGCCUCCAGAUGGGCAGCAACCGCGGAGCAUCUCAGUCAGGCAUGACGGGCUACGGUAUGCACCGUCAAAUCAUGUAGAAGACGAGCUCGCCGUCGCUUCCUGUACCUCCCUCCUCGUUUCUACUAACGCUCGAGUCACGUAGCCUAUUCUGCCUUCUGCCGACCCUAACCACCCUGAAAACUGCUGCUUUCAAACCACGUCUUCCGCUCUUUGUGUUUUCCUGCUCCGAUCGCGCCGCUCGUCCCUUUCACUUGAUGAUUUUUAACAUGCCACUCCCAAGUCCUCCGUUUAGCCCCGCUGACAUCUGAUUAAAAUGUCAAGCAAGCCAUCAGUGUUCAUUGCUGCAAUGAAAAAGAAAAAAAAAAAAGAAGGCAUGCUUCUUGAAUGACAUUUACCACGGGUGAUUGUUUUACAGUGCUUGGUUAUUAUGUAACGGUGUGCUCGGUUAGCCUCACGUGGUGCCUGGUUUAUGGAACGAAAGACCACAAAGGUCCAAGUCCUGCUACACUUGCCUCAAAAUGUGUACUUUAUUUGUGUGUGUGUGUGUGUGUUAUGUUUAUGGUAUUUGUUUUCCCAAGGUAUAUUUUAUCUGGAGGCUUACUGGAGAAAAGGAAAUAAAGUACAUGAACUGAA